AUGUUGCCAUUAGAUUUGAAAAUUAUAAUCUUAUGUUUUGAUUGGUUCAGUUCAUUUGAUGAAAACAAAAUCCCACAUACAAUAAAAGCUAACCAACAAUCAUCAUCACAUGUGGGCUAUCUACCUGUCGUCUGUCUGUAUUUUGCCAAGAAACAAACCAGAAGACAAAAUGGCUUUACAGCCAAGCAAAAAUACAAUAAAAAUAAUGACCAACAGCGUCAUCAGUGUGCUCAACAGUCGACGCCUAAACAAGAGUUUAAGCCAGUUGCUAUUUUGAAACGCGGUGAUCCGUCGGGAACAACAGUGAUUAAUAAAGAUGAAAGUCAAUCCAAGGAGAACAUAUCCACAAAUGGACAAACAACAAAGCCAGCAACUUACAGAUUGGCUACACAACAGCCAUCGCCACAGCCAACAGUACCGAUAAUUUUAUCAUCGGCAAAACCACAGCCGAAUGUGUCUCCACAAGUUGGAAGUCCUUCAACGUCUGCGCCCGCUGCUCCUCUAGCACCUGCAUUGACCCCGACCGUACUAGCUGCACCAUCGUCCACGUCAUCAUCCACACCAGCACCAACGCCAGUUGUUCAUCAUCCAAGUGGACCAAUAAAUUUAAUACGUUCGACGUCAACGUUUGCACCUCCGCCGUUAACUCAACUUCAGCAAGAUCAACACAUUCAAUCGAUUAAUUCACGUCUGUUCUCGUCCACAACAGCAAUGAAAUCUUCAUUGAAAUUAGUCGAUGAUUCGUUAACAUGGUGUGAAAAUGGACAGUUGAAUAAUUAUUUACAGGAUUCGGAUGGUUUUGUUGUCGUGGGCGCCAUUGGCAGAGAAAAAGUUGGUAAAUCAACAUUACUUUCGUUACUAGGCGGAAAUCAAUUCAUUGAUGAGGAUCGUCUGAUGAUCUUUCCAGCUGCAUCAUCGAAUUCAGACAAAACUACCCGUGGUAUUGAUGUUUACAUCACAAAUGAACAGACAAUUCUUCUGGAUACUCAACCAUUACUAAGUUCUCAACUACAUCAGCAACAACUUCUACAAUCAUCGAAUGACUAUCAUCGUUCACAGCAACAAUCAUCAUCGGCAGCCAUACCACACUUUUGGCAACAACAAACAGAUCCUCGAACGAUGUUCAUUGAUAAUAUCUUAGAAUUACAAACGUUGGAAAUCAUUGCUUUCAUACUAGCUGUUUGUCAUGUUGUACUCAUCGUCGAAGAUCAAUUUGCUGAUCCAUAUCUAUAUCGUUUGUUACAAUUAGCGGAAAUUCUACGACCAGUUUUAAAACGUAAUUCCAAUGAGAUUAUCCGCACACAUUCACCACACAUCGUUUUUAUAUUGAAUAAAUGUAACAAUUAUAUUUCACCCCAAGAACGUCUGUUAAUCAAACGUUCAUUAGUACAGAUGAUGAUGGACACGCAUUUUCGUAUCUAUUCAUCGUUGAAACAAACCAGUAAAAUCAAGAUACAAACGAAUUUGAAACAUAUCGUCUCGGAUUUUAAACAACAAGAAUUAAAUGAAAAUCUACUGAUGAAAUUAUUACAGCAGACUAAAAUCAACGAAGAUAUUGACGAAGUUGAUAAAGAAAUCGAUCUAAGUAAUGAUCCUGAUGAUGACUCGGAUGAGAAACAAAUCAACUACGAUCAUGUCAAUACGAUAUUUAUUCCACGUCGGGAUUUUCGUGAUUCUCAUUCAUCGCACUGGCAGUCACGUUUCCUCGGCUUUUCAAAUGCUGACUCGAUUGUUCGACAACUUCGACAGCAACUACUGGCUAUUGAUCGUCCUCAUAUUGAACAAUGUCAAACGCAACGGGCUUGGUUAACACACGCAUCGCGUAUAUGGGAUAUGAUAACUAAAUCGAGUCAGUCGUUUACUAACAUGAUAUCAUUGGAUAAGCAAUGUCCAUCCACAAGGACAACUAUGGUUAACGAGCAAUAUAAAGAAUGUAUUUCUUAUUGGAAUCAAUUAACAAACAAUGAUCAAAAGCAUCUUGUCAUCCAAUUGUCGUUUCUUUUGUACUGCUACUUCCGUUGUCGUUGUCUUCGUGUCAUUAUCUUACGUUCAUCAUGUUUAAAAUCAAAAGAAAAUCUCAACCACCUACAACAGCACCAUCAUCGAGCAGUGUUAGUCGCACAACUUUACUUGUUUCUUCCCCUUCUGCUUGCUCUACACGGCAUCACCAGAAGAAUGUUUCAUUAUCAUCGUCUACCUCUGUCUCCCCACAAUAUAGUACCUAUCAAAAAGUCUCUCGCCAACGACGCGCUGACGAAAUUCUUUCGAAUACACGAUCCACUCGUCCCAAACAAUUUCUCGGUUAUUUCCGUUGUUGCUGCUAUCAUUUAUGUUCAUGUACAUGUGAAUGUUCUAUUCCAUCGAAUACGCUGGCAAAUGGCAAUACUUCAUCAACAUUUACUAGACAAAAUUGUGCGAGUACAUCGUCGAUUAGUUCCACUUACUAUCGUCGUUAAAAAAUUGAACAUCUUUAUUGAUUUUCUUCUUUCCACAGACCACUUACGUGGUUGUUUGGUCGAACGAUGCUUCCUCGAAAGAAAACCAAAGCAAAUCUUUCUAUCUAAAUUGACAUUAUUUGUUCUUCUUCUAUCAUCCUUAUUUCCCUUGACAUUUGCUACUACAUUACCACCAUCAUCCGCGCAAAUCACAACUGUUAAUCGUGAUUUCUACGUCUUCGCAGGUUUCCCUCUGAAUUCAUCAUCAUUUGCGUUCUCACUUGCACGCAAACCUCAAUGGCAUGCAGGAUGUUGUAUACGUUCAAAUAAAACCUUAUCUGUUUGUAAUGCCUCAUUCAACUCCACGUUUAACGACAUCCUAGCAGAUAAUUUCAACGACAACUUCUAUUCGAUCGAUUUUCUCAAUGACCAAAAGUUAUUUUGUCAACGAUAUAAAACUUUUCGAAGUUUAACAUCCAAACAAUUAGCUGUAUUCACGUACUCGAUUGUCGUUAUUGGCAUUAUCCUCAAUACAUUUGUUUUCCUUGUCCUAAUGUGUGGUUCAUUAAGACGAUCAACAUCAUUUGCAUUAUUCCUAGCAUUGACAUGUUUUGAUUUGCUAAGUCUAGCGUCAAGCUUGUUUGCUCUUCUAUUUCGAACAGUCAUGACGUAUUUAAAAGCUUCCGCACCAUUUUGUAAACUCUUUGGUAUAUUCUUCUUGUACUUUCGUCAAUGUUCAUCAACAACAUUAUUAUUGAUUGCUGUUGAACGUUGUAUUGUUAUCAAAUAUCCGUUUUGUCGACACACAUUCGAUCGAUUUCGUCUCCCAUUGCUAUGUUUUAUUAUGUUUAUAUUUGUUGCACCGAUUCCAUUCGAUUUUAUUUUUUAUACAAGCGGUUCACUACACUGUGAAGCAUUCGAUACCAAUGAAGCACAUUAUUACCAAAUCUUUCGAGGAUUUUUCACCGUCUUUUCCUAUGCUAUGGUACCAUUUGUUGGCAUAUCAAUUAGUAAUUUUUUAAUCAUCAUGGAACUGAAGAAAUCAAAAGAACGCUUCAUGGCAAAAGAUGAAAACGGCACCAUGAGACGAUUCUCGACCAAUGUUGUGGAUAAACGAGGUACAACGGUGAUGUUACUAGUAGCAUCGUUUGCGUUCGUUCUUCUUCUCGGUCCAUUCUAUGUUCAUUGGUGUGUCGCAUAUCUCUUCUACUAUUAUCCUCAAUGUCAAUUCACGCGAAAUCUAUAUGAAAACGUUCAAGUUUGCAUGGGAGUGUUCCAUCCGUAUCUAACUGUUAUCGAAAAAGGUAUGAGAGAGUCGAAUCAUGCAAUCAAUUUUCUUCUCUAUUGGUCAACAUCGACUCGUUUUCGAUUGGAUUUCAAACGCAUAAGUCGUCGGUUAUUUUUGCAGAUCUUCGGCACAUCCAUCUUAUUUUUAUACAAACAUAUUUGUUUUUGUUGUACAGAACCAUCAUGUCUCGUGACACUUGAAAGACAUGUGUCAGAUACAACGGAUUUAGAUUCAUCGUAUGAAUCGAAUCGAAAGAACCAAACAGCUUACAAAACUUCACAUUACUAUUCGAACUAUGAACGGCGACGUCAACAUCAACUUGUUCAAGCGACACUGUUAAAUAGUACGAUUCCAAGUGAUACAAAUCUAACGCCGGCAACAUCGCUACAUACAUUGACAGCGAAUACAGCUAAGACAGUACGAAUGUUAACGUGGAAUCCUCACGAUCCAAUGAUGCGUAGUUUAGAAAGUCGACGACAAGCAGCACGUUUAUCUAAACAGCUUUCAACAUCCGGUGCUGUCUAA